AUGAAAUAUGAUGGUGAUAAUGUUUUUGCUAUGUACUAUGGAAAUACUAUUCCUCAACAACCUUCUGCUGGACCUGCUUAUCUUGAUGCAACAAAUCAUUUUCUUGCAUUAUUAAAACAUUCAUCAGGGAUAACUCCAUUUACAAUGAAACGUUUUAAUAUAACUGAUAGAACAUUUGUUGUUGGUGCAUCAGAUGAAUACGUUGAUAGAGUAAUUGCAUGUAUUGGAUUCUUAUAUACACGAAGUAAUUAUUCAUAUUAUUUUGGUGAUACUACAUUAUAUUAUUAUUGUGUUGAAGAUCGUUCAUUUAAUUUUAAAAAUUACUUUCCAAGAGAAGGAUAUUUUACUGAAUUUGUUGCUGUGGAAAUGAAUUAA